AUGAUUUUUCGUGCAGAUCGCUCAAGUGACAAGCGAAGAUAUAACAUUCCUAAUAUAGAUGAAGUAGCUAUGAUUUUUACAAAUGAUGAUGGUGAACCCCCAUUUAAACGGGAUAUUAAGGUCUAUCCUCGAGUUGAUGGUAGUGAUCUGAUAAAUAUAAAUAUAUUAAGCCCUAAUCUUGAUCCAAUGGUAUAUCCUCUAUUAUUUCCUUUUGGUGACCCUGGUUGGAAACCAGAUUUAAAGGGUGAAGAUACAGGGCGUACAAGGGCAAAUAUCUCACUACUACAGUUUAAAAUAUUUAGAUUAGCAAUUCGUGAAAAUGAAUUCAACCCAAUCCUUUUUGCUGGGAAAUUAUCACAACAAUAUAUUGUUGAUUCCUAUUUACAGGUCGAGGCGAAUAAUUUAAAUUUUAUUAGACAAAAUCAGCCAAAAUUUCGAGUAGAUAAAUAUUCUGGAUUAAUGGACUACUUGGAAACAAGGUCAAACAAUAUAAUUCCCGGUAAAGCAGUAAUAUUACCAUCAUCUUUUCAAGGUUCUCAAAGAAAUAUGCGAGAACGCUAUCACGAUGCAAUGGCCAUUGUGCUCAAAUUUGGCAAACCUGAUUUGUUUAUUACUUUUACAUGCAAUCCUAAUUGGCGUGAAAUUAAGGAAAAUCUAUUUCCCGGGCAAAGUCCUACAGAUAGACCAGAUUUAAUAGCCCGUGUUUUUAAAUUAAAAUUAAAUGAAUUAUUGUUCGAUAUAAAUAAAAAAAAAUUAUUUGGUAAAUCUAUGGCUUUUAUAUAUACAAUCGAGUUCCAAAAAAGAGGUUUGCCUCAUGCCCAUAUACUUAUUAUUUUAAACGAUGAUAGCAAAAUUGAAACAUCUCAAGCUAUAGAUAAAUUUGUUUGUGCCGAAAUGCCAGAUAAAAUUCUCGAACCUAAACUUUUUCAGAUUGUUACCCAUUUUAUGAUACAUGGUCCUUGCGGGAUAUUUAACCCCAAAUCGCCUUGCAUGGAAAAUGGCAUAUGUACCAAAAAAUUUCCUAAGGAUUUUCAAAUGGAAACAAGACCAAAUAUUGAUGGGUAUCCAUAUUAUAAAAGGCGAGAUAAUGGUAUUACAAUUCUUUCCGGUAAACCUACGGAUAAUCGUUAUGUUAUUUCAUAUAAUCGAUAUCUAAUGUUAAAAUUCAAUGCUCAUAUUAACGUGGAAAUUUGUACAUCUAUUAAAUCGGUAAUAUAUAUCUUUAAGUAUAUUUAUAAGGGCUGUGACUGUACUAAUGUUGACAUUAAUGUUGCUUCAAAUAUAAAUAUUCAUGACGAAAUUAAAUCACAUUUAAAUGCGCGAUAUGUGAGUGCAUGUGAAUCAAUGUGGAGAUUAGAAAAUAAUCUGCAUGACCGCUCGCACGCUGUUAUUCGCUUAGGAAUUCAUUUACCUUUACAACAGCCAGUAUAUUUCACUGAUGGACAUGAAAGAGAUGCUUUAUUGAGAUCAGAAAAUAAACAUACUACUUUAACGGCAUGGUUUGAGUUAAAUAAGACAGAUCUAAAUGCUAUACAAUAUCUUUAUGGGGAAAUACCUUAUCAUUAUGUGUUUACAAAUUACCAUUGGAAACUAAGAAAAAAACGAUUAAAUGUAAUUUCGAGAAUGUAA